AUGGGUAAUGGUGAGGAGCAUUGCUGGUUAGACGCGAAUUGGCCGUGUCGUCGGCAACGCUUCAACUCAUCGAUAGCGAUGUCGCUUCCGUUCGAGCCGUUACCCCAAGGCCAUUUGAUUGAGAAGCCGCCACUUCGAUUUCCAUUACCACCUGGAGAUGACGAGUUACAGAUCGUGGCUGGAAGAAGUAAUAACGGUAUGCUGCAAGUGAUCGAGUGGGAUCACAUGGAUUUGUCAAUAUUCUAUCCGGCUGCACUUACUAGUACAUGGACAGUCCGUAUGUUUCUUUACCCUUUGGCAGUAUUGAGAAGUCGUCUACAACUGCAGAAACAACAUACUGUGUACAAAAGCACGUGGAAUGCGUUCGUCGACAUUUCGAGAACAGAAGGAGUUCGAGGCCUAUAUCGGGGUUUCUGGGUGACUGUGCCACAGAUAGGUACGUCAUUCAUAUACACGACGGUCUACGAGAAGCUGCGAGCUGUGCUGCAACAAAAUUUUGGUAUGAAAUCAGUGGCUGGCAUUUCUAGUAUAUCCGGUGGGGCGGCCAGUUUUGCAUCCCAGACGAUCUUCGUACCCACUGAUAUCAUAUCACAAUUUAUGAUGGUAUACUACAAGGCCGAUCAUUUCAUCUCGGGAAAUGACAAAGCUGUAAUAGAGGGAUUCUGGGCCUCAAGUCUCGUGUACGUGCCAUCAUGUCUCGUUUUCUGGCCUGUAUAUUAUUGGUGUCAGGAUUUCUUUAACUGGUUGCGGCGUCAAUCAGCUAAGGAAGGUCAGGGUCCUCUGCUUCUGGAUCAAGCAGUUGCUGCAACGGUCGGAGGAGCCUGUUCGACCAUUUGUACAAACCCAAUGGAAAUGUUCCGUAUCAGACUUCAAGUGCAUCGAAGCGAUUAUGCAGAGACGUUGGCUAGAAUAAUGAGGAACGAGAAGCAACACAUUUUCACCAAGGGCUUGGCUCCCAGACUAAUCAGCAAUUCAGUAUACUCGUGUAUAGUCAUGGUGGGCUACGAAGUCAUGAAACGUUUCUCUGUUCUUCCCGAAUAUCAACACAGAGAUCGACUGCUGGUGAUCCAAUGGGAGCAUCUUAAUCUUUGGCGUUUCUAUCCGCUCGCACUUGCUAGUUCGUGGUCGAUAAGAUGUUUCCUCUACCCAAUGUCGGUUGUAAAAAGUCGCCUACAACUACAGAGACAGAACAAUAUGUAUCGAGGUAUGCGGCAUGCCUUCUCUGAAAUCGUCAGAGUGGAAGGCUUCGGAGCUUUAUAUAGAGGCUUUUGGAUGACACUACCGCAGAUAUCGGCUUCCUUCCUGUACUCAUCAACUUAUGAAAAAGUACGGGACCUCAUACAGGUUCACGUUGGUAUAACGAAUCCUUCACUAGUAUCAGCCUUAGCAGGAGGAAUAGCCUCACCAUGUGCUCAACUGGUGUUUGUUCCGACAGAUAUCAUUGCUCAACAUAUGAUGGUGCAUAAUAAUCCAGAAGCGUUUGGAGGUAGUAGGAAAGCUUCUGCUGUUGCAACUACAUUAAGGAACGACGGCUUGGAAAGGAGACUUACGCUUGGAUUACGUGUCGUUCGCGCCGUGUAUAAAGUGGAUGGCUUGGCCGGAUUUUAUCGGGGUUUCUUGUCUGCCGUGAUGCUAUACAUUCCAUCGACUAUGGUGUUUUGGUCUACGUACUAUCAUGCAUUAGGAGGUUUCCGACUGAUACGCAUGAAGGUUACAGAAUUAGAAACAGGAGAGAAACCAAAAACGUCCGCAGAUGUUGACAACCGAAAUUUUUUCUUAGACCAAGCUGUUUCUGGAUCCAUAGGAGGUAUUGCCUCUGCCUGUGUUACCAAUCCAUUAGAAAUGCUUCGAAUUCGAUUGCAGGUACAUCGUACCAAUUACACUGAUACUAUCAAGCGAUUGUGGAAGUACGAAGGAUCGAAGGUUUUCACAAAGGGACUGGCGCCUCGAGUUGUCAGCAAUGCACUCUAUUCGAGUUUAGUGAUGUUAGCGUACGAGACGGUGAAAAAGCUGUGCGUCUUACCUGAAUAUCAAGAUCAUGUUGUUUGGUAA